CUUGACUUGGGCUUAGAAAUAAUAAAAUUAACCGACUUGUUAUCCGCUUUAUCUCUAGAGGGUACUUAAAUUUUCGAGACAGAUACGAGUCUAGUAACGAGUAAUUGCCGAACAAUGCGUACUUGUGCCCAUACCUUAUUUUAGUCAUAUUGUAUAUUAUCUAUUUAGUCUCCGCCUCGUUAUUCCAAGUCUUUGAUUAUAUAAUAAUAGAGUAAAGUCUCUGCCUCGUGAUUCUCAAGUCUCCGACUAUAUCAAACAGAGCCACCAAGAACAAACUAAGAAGAAGAGUAACAAUGGAGAUCAAUAACGAGAAGAAGAAACUCUCAAGACAAUCUUCUUCCUUCAGACUACGAAGUCCAAGUCUAAACGCUCUUCGUCUCCACCGAGUCUUUGACCUAUUCGACAAAAAUAACGAUGGAUUCAUAACCGUCGAAGAACUAAGUCAAGCACUCUCAAGACUCGGUCUCGACGCUGAUUUCUCCGAUCUCAAGUCAACAGUUGAUUCUUUCAUCAAACCGGACAAAACCGGACUCCGGUUCGAUGACUUUGCUGCACUCCACAAAACCUUAGACGAAUCUUUCUUUGGAGGAGAAGGAAGUUGCUGUGAUGGGUCUCCGGAAUCAGAUCUUGAAGAAGCUUUUAAUGUGUUCGAUGAAGACGGAGAUGGUUUUAUCUCCGCUGUGGAAUUGCAAAAGGUUUUGAAGAAGCUUGGAUUACCUGAAGCAGGAGAGAUUGAACAAGUGGAGAAGAUGAUUGUCUCUGUUGAUAGUAAUCAUGAUGGUCGCGUUGACUUUUUCGAAUUCAAGAACAUGAUGCAAACUGUUGUUGUUCCUUCUUGAAUCUUUGGAUAAAUAAUUUGUCGUUUGAUUCUCUCUUUUAAAUUGUUCAGAACAACUUCUUCUUAAAUGCAAAACAGUUACAGAUAGAUAUCUUGUGUAAUGUUUGAUUGCAUGGUCAACAAUUCAACAUUAAACUGUGUUUUGGUCUGAUUGGAACUUUUUUUUUUUUU